AAAAUAUGGUUAGGCGUGUUUAUUCAGUUAGGAAUGAAUGAUCCUAGAUAAGGAUUGAAUUGAAACUGAAACUGCCUGAGAACUUUCUAAGCGGAUCAUGAAUCUGAUUGUACUGCUGGAAUUUGAACGCCAUUAAAUUUAAAAAGGCUAACAAUCUUCUUCCUGAACUGUAAAAGCAAAGCUGAAUGACUUGUGCUGGAUACAUAUUGGUUUCGGUUGGAUGAGCUACAGGAAAGAAGUUUGUGCUUUUCCUUGCUAGAUAUUAGUUCUGGUUUCGCUUGAAUUAGUUGGAGAAAGAGGCUUGAAGAGAUGGUAUAAGCGUCUGUGCUCCCUUCUGGUAUUCAUUGAUAAGAGAAAAAUGGAUCAUAAUACAGUUAUGCUUCGGAAGUUUUUGGUCGAGACUCCAUCUUUGCAUGAUUUACAUUUGAACCAAAUGGACUUCUCCUCUGCUGCUGGCCCUGGUUUGUCAAAAAGACCAUCAGGAGUUCCCCUGAAUUAUUCUACCUGGAGUCACUGUAAAAUUCAACCUUCUCUUCAGUGGAGGGGAGAUGUUGGUUUUAAAAGAAACGCAAUUUCACUGCAGUCUAGAUCCCCACAAAUAGGCAUUUGCCUUGAUAGAGUCAACGAGGACAACCUGGAUGACUGGAACUCAGAUAGACAUGUCAUGGAUGUUGAGAAGAAACUCAGAGAUCGAAUAUACGUAAAGAAACAUCUUAAUUCCUCUAUGUUGUCUUCGGAUGGGCCCUUUGUUGAGAACGAUGAAGAAACUAACAAUGAAAUCCUUCAACGUUUCUGCAGCUGUGGAAAGUUAGUUGAGGCAUCAAAAUUGAUAGAUGUGAUGGCUCGUCGAAACCAAAUUCCACAUUUCCCUUCUUGCAUAAACUUAAUCCGGGGCCUUGUAAACAUUGCACAGACGGACAAGGCUUCCAAGAUCUUGAAAAUCAUGGUUAUGUCAGGUGGUGUUCCAGAUAUUAUCACAUACAACAUGUUGAUUGGUGGCCUAUGUAAAAAGCGACAAUUAAAAUCUGCCAUUAACAUCUUGGGGGACAUGAGCUCAAGCGGUUGCUCCCCCGAUGUGAUUACUUAUAACACGAUAUUGCGCUAUAUGUUUGAAGAUGGUAGCUCUGAUCAGGCCAUUGGAUUUUGGAGGGAUCAACUGAGAAAGGGAUGCCCUCCUUACGUGAUCACAUAUACUGUUCUGAUUGAGUUAGUUUGCCAGCAUUGUGGGAUUUUACGGGCUAUAGAAGUGUUGGAAGAUUUGGCAAUUGAAGGUUGUUAUCCUGAUCUUGUGACCUACAAUUCACUCGUUAAUUUUACAUGUAAAAGAGGGAACUUUGGAGAUACUGCUUUGGUUAUUCACAAUCUUCUAUCGCUUGGGAUGGAGCCCAAUGCUAUAACCUACAACACUCUUCUGCAUUCUCUUAGUAGCCAUGGCUACUGGGAUGAGGUAGAUGAAAUUUUCUCCUUCAUGAAUAGGACUUCUCAUCCUCCUACUGUUGUGACCUACAAUAUUAUGAUCAAUGGUUUGUGCAAGCAUGGGCUUCUUGAUCGUGCCAUUGACUUUCUACAACAGAUGGUUUACCAAAGCUGCUCCCCUGACAUAAUCACCUUUAAUAUCCUCCUGCGUGCUCUUUGUAAAGAGGACAUGAUAGACGAAGCCCUCCAAAUUCUUCAAAUUUUAGGUGAUACUGACUGUUCUCCUAGUUUGAUCACAUAUAAUAUCGUGAUUGAUGGAUUGUCAAAGAAGGGUUGGAUGGAAAAAGCUAUGGGAGUAUACAGGUCCAUGAUAGAGUGUGGAAUUAUUCCAGAUGAUAUCACCCAUAGAUGCCUAUUAGGGGGGUUUUGUCGGAUGGAUCUAGUUGAGGAAGCUGUAGAAAUAUUAAAGGAGAUGGUUAAGAAAAAUCAUCAGGUCAGAAAUGGUGCCUACAGAUCUGUGAUCCAUGGAUUAUGUAAGAAAAAGAAGGUAUCCAUUGCACUACAGGUCCUGGAAAUAAUGAUUUCAAGUCACAGCCGACCUGAUAAGGCAGUAUAUUCUGUCAUACUUAAAGGGGUAGCUUCAGCUGGAAUGACAGAAGAAGCUUUGGAAUUGCAACAGAAGUUGAUUGCAUUGAAGGUUCUCACACAGGAAACCUUGUCACACUGAGCAGGUGCUGGGGCUGCUCUCUUCGAAAUUUGCCUGCCCUUGUCCGCCCUUGUCCAAACCUUAAUCAUCAUCAUCAAAUUUUCGUCAGGAGGAGUCCUUGUGACAGGCCGAUGCCUUAGCACCUCAAGACCGCCAGGGCUACCACCUCCAUGCUGCAAAUUCUUGGAUAUUCUUGUACAAAAGGGUUCAUGGUUUCUCUUCUACCUAAAUCUUGAAUCAAGUGAGCCCUUUGCAAGAUUGUUCUACAUCAAAUUGGAGGAUGCCCAAGUGUUUUUGUAGAUGUAGUGACUUUGACAAAAUUUCUGACUUUAGUAACUAUAGCAUGUAAUUACUUGUCAGAUGCUGAGUUUUUUGCUUACUUUAUCCAAUCACAAAACAUUACAUUGGUUGCAUAAGCUUAUUUUGAUAGUAACGCAUUAUGGUGUUAUCACAUAUCAAACCUGCUGCAGACCUACCCAUCAUUCCCUAGGAGAAUGUAGCUUUCUUCCUUCUUGUAUCCUGCUGUUCACUGCACAUUUUAAUUCUGUGUUUCUGCUA